AUGAUCGUAAUGGGAACGGCGCUCCUUCGUCUGCUAUCUCUGCUGCUCCUCCUCCUCCCGCCUCCCCUCCGCCACUACCUCUCGCCAGCAAACGGCGGCGGGGCCAGCCAGCUCAACGUCUACCACCCCAUCAUCCUGCUCCCCGGCUUCAGCUGCUCCAACCUCGAGGCGCGGCUCACCGACGCCUACGCGCCGUCGCUGCCCCGUUGCGGCGCGCUCAAGGGCCAGGGGUGGUUCCCUCUGUGGAACGACACCUGGGCCAUCGUCAACCACGAUUACCUGCCCUGCUUCGUGGAGCAGAUGAGCCUCGUCUUCGACUCCGACCUCGACGACUACCGCAACCUAGCCGGCAUAGAGACGCGUGUGCCGGACUUUGGCUCCGCCCACAGUGUCACCCCCAAGAACAAUGCGGGUCGUGACAAAGUCUGCCUGAUAAAGCUCCGCGACGAGCUGGAAGCACUGGGAUACCGCGAUGGAGAUACCCUCUUCGGAGCUCCUUACGACCUACGACACGCUCCAGCGCCGCCCGGCCAGCCAUCCCAGGUCUACUCCGAUUACUUCGCUCGUCUCAUGGGCCUGGUGCAGCACGCGAGCAAGAAGAACGGGGAUAAGCCUGUCAUCCUGGUCGCGCAUAGCUUCGGCGGCAGAGUCGUCCUGGACUUCCUCAACUCGACGCCCUUGCCGUGGAGGCGAAGGUUCAUCAAGCAUUUGUUCCUAAUCUCGCCCUCGCCCCCCACGGGCUACAUGCUGGCGGUCACCAACUUAGCCUCAGGAUCGUCCGCCGUCCAGCUCCCAACCGUCUCAUCGCUUGCCUUGCGGCCGAUGUGGAGGACCUUCGCGAGUUCCUUUCUGUCCAUGCCGGCUCCCAGGGUAUUUGGCCACAGGCCGCUCGUCAUUACCAAGGAGAGGAACUACUCGGCGUAUGACUAUCCUGAUUUCCUCGCGGGGCUCGGUUUCAGCACCGACGAGAUCGUGCGCUUCGUGAAACGGGUGCUCCCGACAAUGCUGCGCGUCGACGCGCCGAUGGUGCCGACUACGUACCUCAAUGGCAUUGGCUUCCGGACGAUGGAGCAGGUGAUGUACCUGGAAGGCAGCUUCGAUGCCGCCACGGAGACGGUGUAUGGCCACGGAGAUGGGGCCGCGACUCUUGCUAGCAUCUUGGCGUUCGCCAGGGAGUUGGAAUCGCAACAACGACGAAACAACACAUUCUUCAAGUUCGUCAAGAUUCCUAAUGCUACGCACGCUGGCAUUGUCAUCGAGGAACAUGCACUCCGUAGGGUCAUGGCUGAGAUUCUACAAGCUAAUAAUAGCUAA